AUCGAAAUCUUUAGCAGCAAGUAGAAGCUGAAAGGUCAACGAGCAAGACGGAGGACAAUCUCAAAGCAUCCAAGGAGACAGAAAACUAGGCGGUGCAGAGGAAGGAGAGGAGGAGAUAAGAACAUGGAGAUUGAACAUUUCUGCCAUGACCAUCCGCUGAUUGAGUGCAGUGUUGAGAAUAGCGAUGAAGAAGCCAAGUGCUAUGGUUGCAAUCUUCCUGUCCGAGGUUCAGUCCAUGGCUGCAAAGACUGCAACUUCUUCCUCCACAAGAACUGUGCCCAGUUGCCCAGGGAGUUCCAACAUCCUUAUCACCGAGACCACCCUCUCAUCCUUAAAAUCACUUCUGGACAACACUUCUGCCUGAUUUGUUGCUCCCCUAUCUCGGGCUUCAACUUCUGCUGCGAUGACUGCGGUUUCUACCUGGAUGCUCGCUGUGCUUCCACUUAUUCUGAUCCAAAAUAUGCCCCUAGAAUGUUUCGAGACGGCGGUCACCUAUUUGCCCUCACGAAUACGGAGCCCAAGACUCAGUACCCUUGUGAUGUUUGCGACGAAAUUGAUGAUGAUACGUACCUAUAUAAGUGUGUAGUUCCCGCUUGUCCUCGCCUUGUUCACUUUCGUUGUGCUCCAUUUUCUUUGCCAGAGAAUGUCAAGCAUAAACGUCAUUAUCAUCCACUAGACCUUACUGCAUCAUACGUGGAGGAUGAUUUGGGUGAAUAUUACUGUGAUAUCUGUGAGACGGAGAGGAACCCGAAGCAUCCGGUUUACCUCUGCCUCGAAUGUGAAUAUAUUGGUCACGUUAGCUGUGCCAUAUAUGAGAUGCUGCCAUCUAUGGUUGAAGAGUACGAGAAGCAAGUGCAAGCAAAGGGCAGUCUUUCAGCAAAUGAUGUUACCCUUGGAAAUCUCAAUAGUAAGAUACAGGAAAUCCAUUGGGAAGAAGAUGCGCUAAAGCAUGAACUUGAGAGAAUAACUACAAGAAUAGAGACACUGGAGAGCAUACGUGCGCAGUAUCUCAUCCAAAGGUCAAAAACCAGCCUUGAAGAAGAAGAAGCAAUAGCCCUCCGAUGAAUGGGCGCAGUUAUAUCUGUUUGUGGACAGUGAAGCAGAAUCCUCAACCUUUAAUUCCAGAGAAGUAACAAAUCUAUAGGGUCUUCUCCUUGACUAUCUUGCUCGGUGAAGUUUCGUUCUCAUUACGGUUUCUCUACCGAGCAUUUUCCAACUUGAUUAUCUCAGAUCACCUGUAGCCUGGCGAAGCUCAUAUUUGCGAAAAUAUAAAGGGACUUUCCAUUUCAAUAUGAAAACACUUGUUCUAAGGUGCUCAGGUGACAAUUAUAGUUUGUGAAUCGAAUUUGCAGCCUGAUUAAUGUGGCUAUACUUUUCCUGUUGGGAUGCUGCUACUUAUUCGAAGGUCAGCUUUAACGGAGCGGAGAUGACACACGUCUAUAGGAAAGUACCUAGUUCUAGCUUCUCGAACAAUAUGAAAUGCCGUUAAUGGUUCUUAUUC